AUGACCCCCGAGAAUGAACGCCUGAGUGUUUUGGUGGAAGAUUUGAAUGCUGUCACACAGGACUUGGUCACGGACAUUCCCGCCCGGACCGAAAACGAAAAGCAGCUCUGCGCUUUGGCUGCAAACUGUCACGCAUUGUCAGCAGAGCUCUAUCAAAUUCUCCGACGUUUGAAAGUGGGAGAUAAGAAAUCGAAAUGGGAGGGCCUGAUGGUGAAGUGGAACAGUAUGCGGAAGGAAAAGGAUAUUGAUUCGAUUGAGCGACGACUGAAUGGGUAUCAAUCUCAGAUUUUAAUCCGAUUACAAGUCAUGUUCGGUCAGAAAACCGAUGAGCAGGACUCUCUAGUCAAUAGCCAGCUCGCGGCCCUUCGAAGAGAGGGCAAAGCACUUCAAAAUCAGACGGCCUCCCAGCUAGAUGAGUUAUGCCAGACUAUUUUGACGCUGGUUGAUUCCCUUAACUCGGCUCCAGCACCAGAUAAUCCAUACGGGUCAAAAGAGGGACCGUUGGCCAAAUUAGGCGCUUCGUUGUUCGAAUUUCGGACUGUGACGACUUCAAUCUCACAAGAAAACAAGAUCCUGGAGCGUCUGGCCUUUACAUCUAUGUACAGUCGCGAGAACAACAUUGAAGAUGCUGAGAGUGGGACCUUCGCGUGGAUAGUUGACGAGGAAUCUCAACCGACAGAUGAUCGGAGCAACUCUUCUUACGAGUCCGAAGAAAACCACGAGGAGGGGAGGGAGAGGAGACGGUAUGAGGAAGAGAAAGAAAAAGCAGGGGACCCUGCGAAAGUGUACUCGAGAUAA